CGAAAAUAUUUCUUAUUAAAAAUCGUUUGCAUCAGCAACAACAACGCUUAUUAGAAUCACAAAAUUUAUUACAACACAAAAAUGAUGACGAUCAUCGUUUAGUGCCACCAUUAAGCUCAUCACCACCUGCUCAUAAUAAUAAUAAUAAUAACAACAAUAAUAAUAAUAUUAAUAAUAAUAAUAAUAGUAAUAAUAAUAACAAUAGUGACAAUAAUGGUUGUGGAGAUAUUGUUGGCGGCGGUGGUGGUGGUGGUGGUGGUGGUGGUGGUAGUAGUAAUGGUGGUAAUUGCGUUAAUCCAUCUCGGCCACUUACUCCACAUCAACCUUAUAUACCAGAACCUCAAGAUUUACCCAUUGAUGGUAACUUAACGGCAAAUGUUGCCAACACAUCGGCUUCUUUAAAGGCUUUACAUAUAGCUCGUUCGAAUUCGCAAUCGCCGGUUAGAAUUCUAAAUCCGCUAAUACAUCAAGAUGAACCCUUAAGUUUAGUUACAAAUCAAUUCUCAUCGUCACCGUCAUCGUUCUCAUCAUCAUCAUUAUCAUAUUUGGGGCGUAAACGUUUUCAACGAAAUUUUCAUAAUCAACAACAGCAACAACAGCAACAACAGCAACAACAAUCACAACAAUAUGUUUAUGAUAAACGGGAUGAGAUGCCGCCAAAGGACGAAAAGGAAAGCGAUGUUGGUACCGUUACAUCGACGCCACAACAAAAACCAGAAUUACAGAUUACGGAAAACACAAGCACCGUUAGAAAUUCCGCAUCAAUUUGUUUAAUACCCGCCCUCAAAAGCAAUUUAAAAUUACCUGAUUCGAUACAUUCGAUCACAUCACAACUACCACCGUCUCAAAAAGACUGCGAAGAUUCAUGUCUAUUAGACGUCGAGUCCUCAUCAUCGAUAAUUAUAUCCAAAGCAUUAAGUCCAAAGUCCGGGGAUCAUAAACCAGAAGACGAAUCCCUUAAAUCAACUUCACCCAAACAGCGUUACAUAUCGUCAUAUUUGAACGCUAAUAAAUCGUUUAUUGGAAGUGUAGUUUUAACAUCAGCUCAGCGUAAAGAGUACCCAGUGGAAAUUGUAACACCUCAUUUAGCUGGCGACAAUUCUCGUGGCUCGAGCAAUAGUAGUGAAGAUACUGACUCAGAUUCCGAUUCAGAUGACGGGUCAAAAUUGAUAGUUGAUGAGAAGCCUUUGGUACCCGAAGAUCAGCCGCUUUCCUUGCGCGUGCGUAGCAGUCCACCACCUGAAGAGCAAAGACCAAGUCCGCCUCCUCCACCUGAACCAGCUGUAAGGUGCAGUGUUAUACAAAGGACGCCUUCUGCAGUGAAUUGUAUACAAAGACCUCACGAAGUUUUACUGCCGCUAACAAGCUUAGAACAUUUAGGACCUGAACAACAGGAACCCAUUGACUAUCAUGUACCACGUAGAAGAUCUAGCUUUGAUAGCGAUGAUGAGCAAGUUUUGAACGCGAAACGCUUGGAACGUGAACGAAAAUCGAGAGAGGCACGCAGGCGUAGCGCUUUAUUGGCGGCAAGAGCCAUUUUAGCUCAGGCUCGUUUAAAUCCGCGCUCUUUUGUGCGCUCAUUACCUGGUAUUUUGGCAGCAGCUGCUGGUCACGGUCGUACAACGUCUGGUUCAAACGGCGGCAGUCAAGGUCAGAGUUUUCAAGGCGGCUUUAACGGUAAUAGCGGUACAGGUAAUGGUCAAGCUCCUAGUGGCGGAUCUCCCACCGGUUUCGGUGGUACUAGCGGUUUAGGCGGUGGAACAGGCGGUGGAAUGGGUGGCGGUCGUGACGGCCGUGGUAAUUACGGCCCAAACUCUCCACCUUCUGGUGCAUUGCCACCUUUUUAUGAAAGCUUAAAAAGUGGCCAAACAAUAAACGGAUCUUCUACAACAAAUUUCAGCGGGUCUCCCAAUACGUCCAGUACAUCACCGUCUGCAACUUCAAAUUUUUUAUUACAAAAUGCCGCAGCAUACUUGAUGUCCGCGACCGGCGGAGGUGGCAGUGGUGGCAGUAGUCAACAAUAUUCUGGUUCUGGUGGCGAUAACGUCGGCGGCAGCAGUGGUUGCGGUGUUGAUAAUUCUAACGUUUUUGCUGCUUUUGCCAACGGACAUACAAAUAGCACUUCAUAUAACCCCCUAGCGUAUUCAACUAAAUAUAAUAAUCAUCAUCCUUCUUCGUUUCCCUGCUCGCCAUCAACACAACAUUUAGCUCACCACUUACCAUAUGGUGGUAAUCCUUCAGCUUACGGUAUUGUACUCAAAGACGAACCAGAUAUUGAAUACGAUGAAGCGAAAAUCGAUAUUGGGGCCUUCGCUCAAAAUAUCAUCCAGGCGACAAUGGGAAAUUCGGGAAAUUUUAAUGCGUCUGCAUAUGAAGAUGCCAUCAUGUCUGAUUUAGCUUCGGUGGCACAAGGUUCUAAUGGCGCCGUAGAUCCUUUGCAAUUUACUGCCACUCUGAUGCUAUCUUCUCAAACGGACCAUUUGCUUGAGCAGUUGUCUGAUGCGGUAGACUUGAGCUCCUUUUUGCAACGGAACUGUGUAGAUGAUGAAAAUUCCACCAGCCCUAGACAAGAAUUCGAACUAGUGUCCACACCGUCUCUUACUCCUGAUUCAAUUUCAAUUACUCCGGUCGAUUGUCACAAUCAGGCUGGCACGCAAAUCGACAGUUUCCAUGAGAACCUUAUGCAGCAAUUGACCCAUAAUAUGACCCGAUCACAGUUGCAACAGCAACAACAACAGCAACAGCAGCAACAACAGCAAGCUAAUUCUAGCUAUGGAUCAUUCGAGAGGGAAGCACAGCAUAACGGUGGUAGUAUUCAUCACACAACACAACAGCAGCAACAGCAACAGCAGCAGCAACAACAACCGCAACAGCAACAGCAACCUCCACCAUCUUAUCAACAUGCUACGCGUGAUUUAAUGCAAAUACAGCAUCACCAACAGCAGCAGCAGCAGCAGCAGCAGCAGCAACACCAACAACAACAGCAACAACAUGCGAAUAAUUCCUACCAUCAACAACAACAAACGAUGAAUCCUAUAAUAACUCACGCCUCUCUCCUACUGAACCAAACUCAACAACAGCAACAACAUAAUCAACAAAGCAACGGUUAUCAUCAUGCUUCGUCUUUACAUGGCUCAUAUAAUGGUGGACAGCAAAGCCAUCAUCAUAAUCAGCAUCAUCAUGCGCAUGCUAAUCAACUUCAUCAUUAUCACCUUAAUACCGCAACAGGGGGACAACAACAGCAUCAUGGCAAUCAACAUAAUCAUCAGAAUGCAAGUCAUCCAAAUCAUCAUCACAGUGAUAAUAGUAAUUUGUCACUGCCUUCGCCUAAUGGGGCAACUGGCGGUCAUAUAAUGGUGGCUGGCCACCAUCCUAUGUCUUCCGCGGCUAGUAAUUCAUCGGGUACAUCAAAUUCUGGUCUAUUGGAUUCAUCAUUGCUCGAUGCAAAGCCAAUCAUUCAAAGCGUAAGUCCUACACACUCCUCACACUCUUCUACGGACGGUUAUUCAAUUGCCAGCUCUCGCACAAGUUCGCGUAAACAGAACUCUAGCUCAGCUGCCUCAAUGGCUGCUGUUGUGGCAUCCUCUUUAACCCUACCGACGUCGCCCACUAUUGCAAUGUUGCAUGAAAGCAAAGCGCUUCAGCAACGGUUGGGUUUACCGCCCGAAGUGCAACUCGAAUUUGUUAACGGCGGCCAUGGCAUCAAAAAUCCUUUAGCCGUAGAAAAUACUCAUGGACAUCAUCGUAUACGUAGCAUUGAUUGCAUAGAUGAUUUGAAAAAGAGCACCAGUGGCGGAAGCAGUAGUAGCGAUGGUAACGUUGAAAACAGUAAUAGCAGCAAUGGUAACAAUAAUGACGGCGCCAAGUUUGUCUGCCGCGUUUGCUUGAAAGCAUUCUCCUUGCAACGCUUACUUAAUCGCCAUAUGAAAUGUCAUUCUGAAAUUAAACGCUACUUAUGCACAUUUUGCGGUAAAGGUUUUAAUGAUACGUUCGAUUUGAAACGUCAUACCCGUACACAUACCGGGGUUCGACCAUACAAAUGUAAUUUAUGCGAGAAGAGUUUCACGCAGAGAUGCUCGUUAGAAUCGCACUGCUUAAAAGUCCAUAGCGUACAACAUCAAUAUGCGUAUAAGGAGCGGAGAACUAAGAUGUACGUUUGCGAGGAAUGCGGUCAUACAACCUGUGAACCUGAAGUUCAUUAUUUGCAUCUUAAAGAGAAUCAUCCAUACUCACCGGCAUUGCUUAAAUUUUACGAUAAACGUCAUUUCAAAUUUACCAACUCACAAUUUGCCAAUAACUUACUGGGACAACUGCCGAUGCCAGUUCAUAAUUAACUCGUGAGCAUCGAAGCAUCUUGAUCUCCUCAGAUGCUUAUAAAGAAAACUGCCUUAAAACGAAAAAAAGAUUUAGAGAUUAUUUUUAGAAAAACUUUUUAUUUUCUUCUCUGUAUAACGAAAGGAGUAAAUAGUGUUUUUUAUUUUUAUACCUUUUUUUCCUUUUUUUUUCCUUUUUUUUUUUCUUAAUAUAGGUCAAGAACAAUUUUUGCUAAGCAAAUUUUUUAAAAAAGAAUUUAAACUUACAUGGAAGUUUGAAGUUAAGAAAAGAACAAAAAAGUCAACUAUGCGUCCUUUUUUCUUUUUUUUUUUUUUUUUUCUCUUAAGAUCACAUAAUUUUUCUUUUAUUUAAUGAAGUCAUUUUAAAGUUCUUUAGUUGAUUUAUGAGUUUAAAAAUGUUCUAUAAGUUUUGUUUAAUUUUUUUUUUUUUUUUUUUUUUUCAAAAAUUUUG